UAGAUCUGGUGGCAACGCUAGAACUGGCUGCAUUAAAAUUUUUUGUUGUUUUUUGUCGCUCUAAAGAUGAUGGAUUUGCAGACUAACGACGACAUCGAUUUGGAAGAUGGAGAGCUGUCAGCCAGCGGCGAGGACGAAAUAUAUACGCCGCUGCAGCGACCAGCGCCCGUAAUGAAUGCACCUGCAGUGGAGACUUUGGGAAAUCCAUUAGCAACUUGCCAUCAAAUACAGAGUGCCUUGGAUGACGAGUCACAGUCCAAUACGGACUCCUCUUCGGGUGAAUCUUCGGAGGAGGGCUGCAUUAAGAAACUAAGAACAGAGACCGCACCGGCAAAACCUAAAAAGUCGCGUAAGAAACAUAUUCAGCGCACGGUAAUGGUUCGUGUGCCGCCGGACACAGACUCGCAUCGAGCACGCUUUAAGAAAUACAACGUUUGGACAGCAGCGCUCCAGGAGGAGGCGCUAAGCGAGAACAUGCGCAGCUGCGACGUCACUAGACCAAGUAAUGACCGCAAUGUGGAAAACUAUGACUUUCCGCAAAAGUAUAGAAAUAAUGGUGAGAAUUCACUCAAGCGUCGUCUAUCCAACUCAUCGGACGAGGCUUCAGCACAUCCUGCACUAAAACGAGGCCGUCAAUCCAGUCGCAGCAUAGGUGGGGCACAGCGAGAUAAAACCUCAAUUAAGAAUCGUCUGGGUCAGCGUGUAAGACGUUGUAACUCUUCCACCAGCGGCUCCUCAGAUAACUCUAGCGAGCCUAGACAUAUAGUCGACUUGAAUGACAUAAGCGGUCGCGAUUCUUGCGAUGUGGCUAAAGAAAUGGCCAGCAAACUCUAUGAGGAAAAGGAUGAACUUUUGGUGCGGGUGGUUCAAGUCCUCGGCGUUGAUGUGCCAUUGCAGCUUUAUAAGGAGACGCAGCGCAUCGAAGCAGAUGGUGGAAUGAUGAUUAAAAAUGGCAGACGUCGACGUACACCGGGCGGUGUUUUUUUGUUUCUGCUAAAGCACAAUGAUAAUAUAACACCAGAGCAACAAAAGUCAAUUUUUAGUGAAGAUCGUCACAAUGAGACAAAAUCUCGCAAACAAAUCGAAACGUUAAUACGUGAUCGUAAAGUGGAGGAGUUAAAGAAAUGUCUCAACGAACAGAGCACUGAAUUGCCCACAUUAAGCUCUCGCAAGGAACACUAUAUGCAAGGUGGCGAGUCCAUAGUACAGCAUCAGCCGGGCAACUUAUCGAAUCCUCCGCCGUCACCUGAGCAUGAACAGGGCACCCCGGAGUAUAAAACUCAUGAAAUAAACAUAAAUCUAGUUGAAAAUGCUGAUGUGCCGUCAACUUCAAAAGCUGCAGCUGCUUGUGGUCUUAAGGAGUUGAUUAGCUACGACGAUGAUAUUUUAGAUGUAAAUUGUGGUGAAAUGGAUUUCUUCUAAACGAACGCCAAGCGUUCCAAGGCAAUUGUGUCGCGAUGUAUUUUUUGUUUUAAAAUAUAUUUAUACCCACAAUUUUCCCCAAAUAUAGCUAGACACAUAUUUGUACAUUUA